AUGGCUGUUUCUGAUCCUUCGGUGGGGGGUAAGCCUUCCAUUCCGAAGGAGCUACACAUAUCCGCUCAACCCGUUACUUUCGCAAAUUGGUACAAGAAAAUCAACUGGCUCAACACUACUCUCGUUGUCCUUGUUCCAACCUAUGGUCUUUACCUAGCACGCUCGACACCGCUUACUCGGCCAACCUUGCUAUGGAGCAUCCUCUACUACUUCAUGACCGCUUUCGGUAUCACAGGCGGGUAUCAUAGGUUAUGGAGCCAUCGCUGUUACUCCGCGCGCCUUCCCGUGCGCUUGUUCCUAGCAUUUACAGGAGCAGGAGCAAUUCAAGGCAGCAUCCGAUGGUGGAGCGCCAAUCACCGCGCUCACCACCGAUGGACGGAUACGAUGAAAGAUCCCUACUCGGUUAUGCGAGGAUUACUAUUCUCUCACAUCGGAUGGAUGGUUCUCAACAACGAUCCCAAAGUCAAAGGCCGUACAGACAUUUCUGACCUGGAUAGCGAUCCAAUCGUUGUGUUUCAGCACAGGCACUAUGGAAAACUGCUUCUCUUCGCUGCCUGGAUCUUCCCUGCGAUAGUAGCAGGCCUAGGCUGGGGUGACUGGUGGGGUGGACUUGUAUAUGCUGGCAUAAUACGAGCGUGUUUCGUGCAGCAAGCCACAUUCUGUGUGAAUAGUCUCGCGCACUGGAUUGGCGAGCAGCCAUUCGAUGAUCGAAGAAGUCCAAGGGAUCAUAUGUUGACCGCUUUGGUGACGAUGGGCGAAGGGUACCACAACUUCCAUCAUGAGUUCCCAUCUGAUUACCGCAAUGCGAUCAUCUGGUACCAAUACGACCCCACGAAGUGGCUCAUCUGGAUCAUGUCCAUAAUCCCUCUUUUUCCUCUAACAUACGACUUGAAGACCUUCCGCUCCAAUGAAAUUGAGAAAGGCCGACUCCAACAGCAACAAAAAGCACUCGACCAGAAGCGAUCCACGCUUGAUUGGGGUGUUCCAUUAGCUCAGUUGCCAGUCAUCAGUUGGGAUGACUUCCAAGCCCAGGCUUCCGCCAAUGGUGCCGCUUUGGUGGCCAUCGCUGGUGUAAUUCAUGAUGUCUCACCGUUUAUUGCCGAUCAUCCUGGUGGUAAGACACUGAUCAAGAGUGCGGUUGGGAAGGAUGCUACAGCGAUCUUUAAUGGUGGGGUGUAUGAACAUUCCAAUGCCGCACAUAACUUGCUGUCGACUAUGCGUGUUGGUAUUUUACGAGGCGGACAGGAAGUUGAAGUCUGGAAAACAGGUGUUGAGAGAGCCAGUAAAGACACCAAGGGUAAUGGUGUCGUUAGGGCUGGUGAUCAGAUCACAAGGGUGGUUACACCAGUUGCAGCGGCUGUAGCAGCAUGA